GCUCAUGCUUAUAACUGCAUUCUUCUGCUCCAGAAUGAACAACAGCAGCGAGAAUGAGCCCAGCAGCCCAGGAGAACAGGUCAGGACUCUGUUUGUCAGUGGCUUGCCGCUGGACAUCAAACCCAGAGAGCUUUACCUGUUAUUCAGGCCUUUUCAGCCGGUGGGGUUUGUGAGUUUUGACAGUCGCUCAGAAGCGGAGACUGCUAAGAACGCCCUGAACGGCGUUCGCUUUGACCCGGAUAUUCCCCAGACUUUACGGCUGGAGUUUGCCAAAGCCAACACCAAGAUGGCCAAGAACAAACUAGUAGGAAUUCCAAACCCUUCGGCAUCCAGACAGAGUCCUGCACCUCUCUGUGUCAGUCGAGAGCCCUAUGAGUUGAGCGUUCCUGCGCUGUACGCCAGCAGUCCUGAGGUGUGGGCUUCAUACCCGCUGUAUCCCGCUGAGCUGCCUCCGCCGGCGUAUGCCUACAGCUCCUCGCUUCACGCUCAGAUUCGCUGGCUGCCGACCACAGACGCAACCAAUCAGGGCUGGAAGAGCCGACCGUUCUGUUGACGUCUGUGUUCUGCAGGUGCGGCAGCAACACAGACGACAUCCUCAUCUUUUCUGUCUUUCUCCGUUCAUCUGUAUUACUCUCCCAUCUGUCUUCUGCCAGAUACAGAUACGUGAAACCAGAAACAAGAAGUGAGUGACUGUUAUGUAAGUGAUAACAUUCAAUCAGCUGGGAGGUCAUGAAAUGAGAACAGCGAUGUAGGAAAUAAUAGUCAGUUUAGGGUCAUAAAU